AUGCUCUCCAUCUCAAUCAAUCGAUCUAAUCAACUUUUCCUUCCACCACCACCAGUACUCAUUCCAAAAACACGUUUUCUCUUCUUUUUGCCCUUAACAACCAAAUCGCUCCUCCAAAAAAACACGACGACCUCUCCUUCUUCAGCGUCGAAUCCUACCACCUCCGGUCUCCUCUCCCAAUGCCACUCUCCUCCAGUCCCGUCGCCAUCGCGUCCAUUCUCCAAUAGUCGAAACACAACUCCGAUUAAGACUAUCACUUCUUGGUUCCUUGAUUGUUUAAUUGCUGAUUCUUCAAUUAACGAUCUCACCAAGUCCGUCGUUGUUGCUAGAGGGACAAGAAUUCUUCUUCCAUGGGAGCUCCUACAACCAUUUUUAAGGAUCUUGGGCCACUGUUUACCUGGUCCAUUGAAUCUAAACGAUAUGAAAGAUGCAAUAUCUACAACAGUUCGAUAUUUUUGGAUUCAAAAUAACCAAAAUCCACCUCAAAUUGAAGAAUACAUGCAACGAAUUGCAUCAUUAUGCGAAGGAGAUCAGAAAUGUAAUGAAAAGAUUUGGUGGUUCCAUUUUGCGGACAUGGAGCAGUUUCUGAUUGUUUUACAGGCCACAUGGAAGUGGUUCAUAGAUCUGGUUAUGGAGGACAUUGAUGGCGGUCUUGGUGCAUAUUCGGAUAUCAACACCAACAUUAGGGAGUCAGCAUCAACUUCAGAGACAUUCGCUGAUCAACGUCAGCUUCAGUUUAGAGCAGCUUCAGCUUCAACAGACAAAAAAGGACACUCUUGA